AUGGCUCAUCCGCCGAUCAUGCCAAGCUUCCUGCCUGGAUUAUCUCGGAAUGGAAUGCAGUGCACAGAGGUCAUCCGAAUCCUGGCCUACCGAGUGGACUUCUUCACAAAGCCCGGGUGGCGUUGGAAUCUGUUUGACUUCCUGCUGGUCUUCCUACAGCUCAGCACCGGCCUCAAAGCGGAAGAUGCCUUGAUUACAUAG